UUGAAGACAUAAAGUGCAAGUUCAAGAACCUUCGGACAGUUUUCAACCGUGAAUACAAGGCGGUCCAGGCCAGCAGGGCGUCUGACAAACUCUACGUGUCCAAAUGGAAACACUACCAGCAGCUGCUCUUCCUCUGCGAGUCCUGUGACGAAGACGACAGCCCAGACGACCUGCAGAUACUGCUGCCGCAGGAGGACAAGGAUCUGGAACAUGGAAACCAAACACCCUCCUCCACCCUGAGUAACUUCUCCUCCAGCUCCACCCAAAACAACAGCAUCAAGUUCAGCAAUUCCUCCACUGCCUCCAGCGAUGCCAAAACCAGCACCAGCACCACAUACCAAAUCUUCCUCCCUGCAUCUCCAGAUCAUCUUAAACUAGCGGGCCAAACAACUGCCCCCACCCUCCCCGCCUCUCCGUCCACCUCACUGCCAGAAACCAAACCUUGCACAAACCCCUCCCCUCAAAAUUUGUCCAGUUCGGUUCAGCCAGACAGCAGAGUGAGCGCAGACACCCGCUGCCACUGGAACGAGACCAAAGUUCAGCAGCUCAUAUCAUUUUACUCUGAGCACAGCUGUCUGUGGAACCACAAGUCAGAGAGCUACAGGAACAGACUGUUGAGACAGAGCCUGUUGGAGACGCUGAGCAACCUCCUGUCUGACAAUGAGCCGGUCCCAUUCACAGUGGAAGACAUAAAGACAAAGUUCAGGAACUUGCGGACCAUCUUCCAACGUGAACACAAGGCGGUGAGCUCAAACAAAACAUGUGGGUCGGAGGACUUUUACUUUCCAAAGUGGAAACACUACCGCGAGCUGAUGUUCCUCUGCGACUCCUGCGACGAGGACGAGCGGCCUGAAGACCAGCACUUCCCCGAGUCCAGCCUCCUCCACCUGGACUGCCAAGCCCCUCCCUCCUCCCUACAUUACCACAGCGCCACCCAAACUGCUGCCAAACUGAACAUCACUUCACGGAGCCUUGAAGCCCCUCCCUCGCCUACUCCCCCAGACUCCCAGCACUCGUCCCCCUCAUCCUCCCCCUCCACAUCCUCUUCUCACACUGACAGCAGAGUGUCAGGACGCAAGCGAGCGAGCCGGCGCCUGCCACCCACCAGCAGCGAGGUGCUGGACUUCAUGAGGACGCUGUGUCAAAGCCAGGCGGUGUCACCGCACGCAGGCUUCCUGAAGUACGUAGAGGAGUGUCUGAACGAGACGCCGCCAGACAAAGUGAAGAAACUGAAGAAGAAGAUCAUUGAGACGAUCCACAGCGUGUCAGAGGAGGUUUAGUGUUUGUGGAGUCAGUCAGGUAGGUCAGUCUCACUGGACACCAAUCCUUUCAGCACCACCUUUACUCUUGUGCAUAGUUUGGAUUUUACAUCUCACAGCUACCCUCGGUUAGUUCAGUGGGUCAGUGACAUUUCACUGUCGACUAAUGAGAUGACAGCUGUCCCAAGAUGUAAGUGCAAGUGAACCGUGAUGGAGUUCCCAGAACUAUAAAAUUCCACCUUAAAAUCAUCACAACACAAUGUUUGCAGGACGACUGCAGCAUGGCUGAAUGUCAGCAGUCUGAGUCUAAACCAUUAGUUUUGUGUCCCUGUACACACCUGCUGUGUUGAGCAUUUAACAUGCACUGCCAGGUAGGCAAGCAAGUGUGUCCCGUGUCCAAAAUAUGCCAGCACACACUACACUUAACCCACACUUCUCCUAACACUGCUUCAAAAUGGUAUUGGGAGCUCAGUGUAUCCCACAGUUGUGCCAGAUCAGUCUAGUUGUUGGUAGUGUGCCUAUAGGCUAGUUUUACACAUGAAGAAGGUUAUAACAUGAUUGAUUCAGCCUGAAUAUUAUUAUUUAUGUCUAGAGUUAUGGCAGAAAUGUCUUCACGUCACGUAAUAUGAAUCAGUUUUUCUUGUUGGGACUGAAAAUAACACUGCGUAUAUCAGACACUGUCAAUGUAAUUAUUAAAUAUCUUUGUACAUUCAUCAAAGAUGUUAAGAAAUAUGUUCCGUCCCUAAAAAUUGUCAGCCAGCCACCAUCAAAAUAAUAUCAUAUAUAAUGUCCCUUAUGCCUUAAUUUCCCCUCUGGGGUGAAUAAAGUACCUAUCUAUCUUAUGUACAGUAGAUCUAUGUGCCUAAACGUCACAAAGGUAGGCACUAAACUACUUCCAAAUACAGCAAGCAUGAGUUUUGGGAUGGACCCUUAAAGUCUAUAGCCAUAUUAGCAGCCCUGUGAGGCUGUAACGGUUUUUACACACCAAAAAAAGUUGUUUGAGUUGGGACCUUCAUUUCAUUUUAGCUCAUCUCAGACUCAUCUUGUCAAGAUCUUAUUGGUACAAAGCAAGCAUGUAGCACCUUCCCAUGUUUUAAAGGUUCCAUAUGUCAGAUUUUGGAGCUGGUUAUAACGUCACUUAACAAAAUUUACUUAACUGAUCUCCAAAGGUUGUGACUUGUCAUGCACGCUCCCGAGUCCAUUCUCAACAGUGUGCAACUCUAGCUAAGAUUAGCUUACAAUGAGCCAUGCUCACCAGAGGUAGUAGGCAGUAAGGGUACUCAUGUGGACAAAAAUCAGAAGUGCUGGUACUCAGUACCGGCCCAUUUCAGACACUCAAAUGGAGCCCACUAACAUCUACAAAGGACCAGCACCCACCACUACACAAAGUCCAACGGCCAAGCUAACAUUACUUCUACUGUACUGAAAUAUAUUGUGACAUUGUGGUUUCAGCUGGCUAAUGUUAGCUUGCUUGUUAAUUGUUUGCUACCUAAUGUAGGCUGUUCUUCUAAAAUGUCAUUGUAAAUGUCAGCGUUCAGUCUAGUAUAUGUCACUUUUGCCUGAUGCCCAGGACGAUGUACGCAGUGUGACCAUGAGCAACAGGACCCUGACUGCUAUUCACUUAACUGGUGUUAUUAUUAACAACAGGUUUCUGAAAGUUCCAUAUAGAACCUUUAGGCUUUAAGCCAUGAAGUAAUAUGCAAGAGCAUAUGCUAAUUGUAUGUGAACAUCACUAAUGCUGGCAUUUGUAACACUUAUUCACAACAUUAUCUCUCUAAUUUGAUGUUGGUGUUAUUACGUGGCUGUUUUUAAAGGGUCAGAAUCAACCAACACAAACUGAAAAGGCAGCGAUAGACCAGCAGCUCCCAUGUUCUGUGAGGUUACUGUUACUGUUUUUGUCAGUGGAGUCUGACUGUUGCAAUAUGCAUCCCUUUCUUGUUUCUGGUUAAACAAAAGGGAUCUUACUCUAUAACAAUGUCUAUCUCUGUAGGGAUCCUUUCCAUGUUGUCAGUGGCAACAACAAACACUUUUAGUAGACUUACUUUGACGGGCACAAUUGCCCCCAAGGAUUACAUUGCAGCUAUUUUAGCCUGUUUUACAACUUGUUGUACCUAUUAGCCAUAUAGACCCCAAUAUGUGAAAACCGUCCCCAGGUUUAAAAACGUAGGAAUUACCCUUUACUGCAAACACUAGCAUCAGAUUAGCGUUUCUGUCAUAAUAGACGGAUCCUGUCAUGAAACAAAGCGUUUGACCAGUGGACAUUUUUAUGUUAUGUUAAGAUCAGGGGGCCAUCAAAGUCAUGUUAUUCUGGACCAUGUUGGGCUGACUGACUUUGUAUUGUUGCUGCUAUCAUUGGCAAAGCCACAACUGAAUUUUAUUUAAAGACAAAGCCAAACCUUCAUCACAAAAACAAAAAAGAAAUGUCAUUAGACUGGGGAAGAUAGAAACAGUGUAAACUUCAGCUUCAUUCCCUACACUCAAUGUGCUUUGUCCCACUGUGCUGUCACAAUGAUGAGAUUCAUUCUAACAUUAUAUACCCACUGUUUCAAAUGAUAGCUUAUAUACUUAGAUUUUUUUAAUAUUUAGGCCUGUCACUGCAGUUACAAUAAAAUUGCAUUUUGGAAUGAAACUGCUCACAUUAACUCGGAGAAUGUUUUCACCAAGAAAUCUAAAUUUAAGUGCUUUGUGUUUUAAAAAAAAUCAAUUUAGAGGCAAUUAAUCACAACACAAGUCAGCUGUCACUUUAAAAAAAAGCCAUGUGUUUUUUCUAAAGCCAACUUCUGUCCAGCUCAGGAUGGGAAAUGACUGCCAAAUGUUUGCCUUCUGCCUUCACUGAAAGUAAUAAUCCAUUUUUGUGGUGAAAUUGAGACUUAAUUUUGUGUUCUUCAAACUAAGAAUUCAGCCAUAAAAGAUCAUUUGUAUUUUCUAAAAUUCUGAAAGGAUGGUCAACCAACAGCUGUGGUGAGUAAUGAACCUCGUUAAUUUAUUUUAGCUUCAGCACUUAUGGGGGAAAAUCAACGUUAUUGCCAAAACAACUUAGUAAAUGUUGCACUGUCUGUUGGAUCUGAUAACAGAUAAAGUUUGUCUUCAUUAUUUAACAUGUUAUGAUGUUAAUGGACAAUAAUAAUAUAAGUACCGUAACUUCUUUUUAAUAUAUGUCUGGAAAUGUUACGUUUAGCUUUUCUUUGAUCAUCAACUUGCAUCAGCUGCAAGCAGUCCUGUUUCUAAAAAAAUCUAUGCAUGUAAAGUUGUUAAAGAAUUCCGUUCUUAUUCAGUGUUAAAGAUUUAGGUUUUGAUUAAAUCAAAAUCUUUUGAAGCAAUAAUGGUCAUUUAAUUUGUUUGCCCCAGUUAUGUGUUUUAUAAACAUGUUUUAUAAAUUGCACAUUUAUAUAUGAAUGAUUUAUAUCUUUCUUGUUUGGUGUUUGCAUAUGUUUGUUUAAAUUGUGCCUU